CCGGAAGUGACGUCUCUGACGCGGGGACAGGUUCAGGACCUGAGCGACUGGCUCAGGCGAGCAGCGCUGGGGCUGUGGUCCUGCAGUCGCUAUGAGCUGCACCAUCGAGAAGAUCCUGACCGACGCCAAGACGCUGCUGGAGAGGCUGCGGGAGCACGAUGCGGCCGCGGAGUCGCUGGUGGAUCAGUCGGCGGCGCUGCACCGGCGGGUGGCCGCUAUGCGGGAGGCGGGGACGGCGCUUCCGGACCAGUAUCAAGAGGAUGCAUCCGACAUAAAGGACAUGUCCAAAUACAAACCUCACAUUCUGCUGUCCCAAGAGAACACGCAGAUUAGAGACUUGCAGCAGGAAAACAGAGAACUGUGGGUUUCCUUGGAGGAACACCAGGAUGCUUUGGAACUCAUCAUGAGCAAAUACCGGAAGCAGAUGCUACAAUUAAUGGUUGCUAAAAAAGCAGUGGAUGCUGAACCAGUCCUGAAAGCUCACCAAACUCACUCGGCAGAAAUUGAGAGUCAGAUUGACAGAAUCUGUGAAAUGGGAGAAGUGAUGAGGAAAGCAGUCCAGGUGGAUGAUGACCAAUUUUGUAAGAUUCAGGAAAAACUAGCCCAAUUAGAGCUUGAAAAUAAGGAACUUCGAGAAUUACUGUCCAUCAGCAGUGAGUCGCUUCAGGUCAGAAAGGAAAACUCAAUGGACACUGCUUCCCAAGCCAUCAAAUAACUUCAGCUUCUGAACGACAGCUGGAGAUGGUUUAUCAAGGAAGGAAGUUACUAUCUUUCUACUUGAGUAUUGUCCUUUCAGUGUCUUGCCUCGGACUUGAUUUAAUAAUGUUGAUUAAAGGAAUCGGAUGGCAGUUUAGAAUUGGCAGUCAAAAUUGGCUGUCCACAUAACAGUUUUGGGGUGUGUUCCUGAAAAUACACACUGAAUUUCACCAUUCCUUUCUCUAAGAGACUACUUUUAAUUUUCAUAUCUGGGACCUUGAUUUAUAUAAACUAUGUUUUUGGUUCAUUUUUGUUUUUUUCACAUCUCUGAAACUUUGAGCAUUGUAUCAAAAGGCAGCGAUUUUAUUUUAUAUAGGAUUAUAAAUGGCAAUUAUGAAAAAAGUUAAAAAAAGAUGAGCUUUUUAAAUCUAUUUGGCAUAAAUCUGGAUUAUUUCCCAUUUGAGAAAAAUACAGUAAUUCCACAGAA